UAGUUGCUGAACCGAGAGAACAGUCCUGCCAAAGAGUCUGGUUCCUCAUUCUGUGGCUUGGGUGAGGUAUCGAGAGACAAAUGAGGCUGACAGCAGUGUAACGGGAAUUAUCCUCUCAAAUAGUGUGCUGUAACUCACGCUGUACGGUAACAUCUGACAGGAGAUAUGGGUUGUAAAAAAUCCAAGCUGACAGAAGGCGAGAAUGCUGGCAAGCUUGAUAAGACACAACCGCCAGUACGUACUGACCAAACUGUAUAUGUGAGAGAUCCCACGUCCAGUAAGCCACCUAUAAAUGAUCCUCCUCCACCAGGCUUGCUACCUGGUCAGGUUUUCCAGAUGGAAGAACAGAAGGAGAGGGAUAAAAUUGUCAUAGCCCUGUAUCCCUACGAGGCUAUUCACGCCGAUGACCUGGGCUUUAAAAAGGGAGAAAAGAUGAGAGUACUGGAGGAACACGGAGAAUGGUGGAAGGCUUGCUCUUUAACAACCAGAAAAGAGGGCUUCAUUCCUUCCAAUUACGUUGCACAAGCUGAUACCAUGGAAACAGAAGAAUGGUUCUUUAAGGAUAUCACAAGGAAGGACGCGGAAAGGCAACUUUUGGCACCAGCCAACAAACCAGGCGCAUAUCUCAUCCGUGAAAGUGAAACCCAGAAGGGAAGUUAUUCCCUAUCCAUCAGAGAUGUGGACACCCAGGGCAUGGACGUUGUCAAGCACUAUAAGAUCCGUAGCCUAGACAACGGAGGGUUUUACAUUUCUCCUAAAAUCACCUUCACGGAUAUCAGCAGCAUGAUAAAACAUUAUCACAAGCAAGCAGAUGGCCUGUGUCGGAAACUGGAAAAGCCCUGUGACAAGCCCAAAGCUCAGAAACCAUGGGACAAAGAUGCAUGGGAAAUCUCCAAAGAAUCCAUCAAGAUGGUGAAGAAACUUGGAGCUGGGCAAUUUGGAGAGGUGUGGAUGGCGUAUUACAAUAACAGCACCAAGGUGGCAGUGAAGACCCUGAAGCCAGGCACCAUGUCUGUGGAGGCCUUCCUGGAGGAGGCCAACCUCAUGAAGACUCUACAACACGACCGCCUAGUGCGACUCUACGCCGUCGUAACCAAAAUUGAACCAAUAUACAUCAUCACAGAGUAUAUGUCCAAUGGGAGUCUCCUGGAUUUCUUAAAAAGUGACACUGGGUGCCGAUUGCAGCUGCCUAAACUUAUAGACUUCUCUGCUCAGAUUGCUGAGGGCAUGGCUUAUAUUGAACAUAAGAACUACAUCCAUCGGGACCUGAGGGCUGCCAAUGUGUUGGUGUCAGAAAGCCUACUCUGUAAGAUCGCCGAUUUUGGUCUUGCCAGAGUAAUCGAAGAUGACCAGUACACUGCUAGAGAAGGAGCCAAGUUCCCCAUUAAGUGGACAGCACCCGAAGCCAUCAACUAUGGCUUCUUCACAAUCAAGUCUGACAUGUGGUCCUUUGGCGUCCUUCUUUAUGAAAUCAUAACAUAUGGAAAGAUUCCAUACCCAGGCAUGAGCAACGGUGAGGUGAUGACAUCAGUUCAGAGGGGUUACCGCAUGCCCAAGCCGGAAAACUGUCCCGGUGAGCUCUACGAGAUCAUGACGAGCUGUUGGAAGGACAAACCGGACGACCGGCCCACUUUUGACUUCAUGCAAAGUGUUCUGGGUGACUUCUACACGGCCACUGAGGGGCAGUACCAGCAGCAGCCAUAGAAAGGGACCAUAAGAUCAUUACUCCAGCGAGGGACGAGAAAAAAAUAUACCAAGACGGAAUACUGAAAAAUAUGGUCGGAACAUGAGGAUGAGAGUUCUCUAAGCAUUUGUACUGUAUGUGGGUGCCAAUACAACUGCUUGCUUUAAAAAGGCAAGCUUGAAUAUGAUUUUUUUCUUGUACUUCAAAUUGAAGUUUUUUCUUUCUUGAGUUUCUGAGGUGGUGCCCUCAAGACAUAAGUGAAAAAUAAUGCCUUGUUAAAGACUGGACUCAAAUGCUCUUCAACAUAUGACUUGGAAGAUUGUGGAUCACUGGCAUCAUCAUCAUGAUGGCGAACAAAACUAUCAGAAAACAGAACAUAAUAUGCAUUGGUACAUUUUGAUGUGACGGAAAACCUUUAGGGGUUUUGUCAUGUUAUUAUACCAAGCCUCUUUUUAAAAACCUCAAUACUGUGAAUGGUAUGCAAAGUCAGGGGCACUGUGGCGUUGUAAAUGAAAUUGUAAAUCAAUCAUCUGAGCAUUGUGCAUGUAAUGUAUAGGCCUACUUGAGUUAAUCUUGAAAUCAAUGUUUGAAUGUUUUCAUUCUCAAACUGUCAUUUCAAACAAACUUAAAAAGCUAUAACAAUAAAACUUCACUAUUCUUUAAUACAUUUCAUAUUCCAUUGUUAUAACAUAUAUGGAUCAGUAGCACUUUGUAAACUUUGGAUUUUUUUUUACUUGGAUGUGUUUAAUGACGUUUGCAUAAUAUCGCAAGUGUGCUAAAAUGCUUUCAACUUAUGUUUUGGUACACAGCCUUAUUGUAUAGGGAGAAGAGAGAACUGAACUCCGGAUGUCAUGUCCCACUUUCAAUGUUAACUGUACAGAGUACUGUAAUACUGUGAUAAUAUUUAGCCUAUUGUGAGAAAUUAAAUAACACACAUUAGUUGACCUGGUUUUAGGUCUUUAGCUAAUGACUCUGUUUAAUUUUAUACCUUCAUUUCCAUUCAGUUGUCAGACUUGUGUUGACAUUUUAACAUUUGUUUUGUAAAGUCAAUGUACUACUAAGUCUUUUUGAAAUUAAA